AUGGCACCUAACAAGAAGGCAAAGAAGGCCGCCGAUGGCAUCAACUCGCGUUUGGCGCUGGUCAUGAAAUCGGGAAAGGUCACUCUCGGAUACAAGUCGACCCUCAAGACCCUCCGCUCGGGCAAGGCAAAGCUGGUUAUCAUUGCCGGUAACACUCCUCCUCUGCGCAAGAGUGAGCUCGAGUACUACGCCAUGUUGUCAAAGACCAACGUCCACCACUUCAGCGGAAACAACAUUGAGCUCGGUACUGCCUGUGGGUUGACCAUUGCCUCAAAUACCUACAACCCCGACAACUCACCCUCCAGAACCCAUCCUUUAAAGACAGCCACCUCGAAAUCAUUCAAGAUGGCCCGCCGACCUGCGAGAUGUUACCGCUACUGCAAGAACAAGCCAUACCCCAAGUCCCGAUUCAACCGUGGUGUGCCAGACCCUAAGAUUCGAAUCUUCGAUUUGGGCCGCAAGAAGGCCAACGUCGACGAGUUCCCUCUCUGCAUCCACCUGGUCUCCAACGAAUACGAACAACUCAGCUCUGAGGCGCUCGAAGCUGCCCGUAUUUGCGCCAACAAGUACAUGACCAAGACUGCAGGAAAGGAAGCAUUCCAUCUCCGUGUCCGCGCCCACCCUUACCACGUCGUCCGUAUCAACAAGAUGUUGUCUUGCGCCGGUGCCGAUAGACUCCAAACUGGUAUGCGUGGUGCCUGGGGCAAGCCUAAUGGAACCGUCGCCCGUGUCAACAUUGGUCAAAUCAUCUUGAGCAUCCGCACUCGUGAUUCUUUCCGUCCAAACGCCCUCGAGGCCCUCCGUCGUUCGCAGUACAAGUUCCCCGGUCGCCAAAAGAUCAUUGUGUCCAAGAACUGGGGCUUCACUCCUCUCCGCCGUGAAGAGUACAUGGAGAAGAAGGCCGGUGGACGUGUCAUGGUUGAUGGUGCUUACGUGCAGUUCCUGAGUAACCACGGAAAUCUGGCCGAGAACAUGCGACGCUUCCCGGCUGCUUUCCAGGAGGCAUGA